AGUGCAAAAAUCUCGUAAGGAUAAUUUUAUCACAAUGCAUCGACGAGAGAGCUAUUCAAAUCGAUCGUCCACGAUAUUAAAUCAUUGCUGUUAUUUGAAACAAUUUAUGACAAGCGUUUCACCGCAGAAGCAAUAUGACUACUCAAAGCAGAUUCAACCAGCCAAAAGUUUCGAAUCAUUCAAAUUAUCAAAUUUCAUCUGGAAAAAAAAAUUAAGACUCAAUGAUGGAAAAGUUGCCAUAUGAUCAAACCGCCUUUUCGACUUUUCUCCCCUUCGGGAAAAAUAUCAAAUUUCUAUCCUAAGACUGGAGCCGCAACAUCUAACCUUUUUCAAGGUAUAAUAAUGAAUUGAAUGACGAAGAUUUCUGAGUGGUUAUUACGAAGCCCGAUUCGGCUCAUAAAUCUCCGGGGUCAAGUGGAGCUAAUCCUUGAAAUUGUUGUUUUUGUGCCAUGCGAAGCUUUAUGUUAUUAUAUCAGUUAUACCUCUAUUGUAUCCACAUCGGUCUCGGAAAAACGAUGAACCAUACGGAAAUAUAGUGAAUAUUUGAUUUUAUGUUGCGAGUAUUCUUGUUUUUAGGACACCACUGGAAAUAAUGUAGCAUCCUCAAUUAAAAAAUAAAAAAUAAAUAAAAAUAAACAAUCAUGUAUACAUCCGUUUAAAAUGUGCUUAUUGUUCAGCAUAUUGUUUCAUUGACAAUAGAUGGCGCUUUCAUUUUAUGCUUGAACGGCAAUGUUUACUCACAUCGGCGCGGUAUCCAUAGCUAUAUCAGAAGCGCCUUGAAACGUUCAAUAGUCUCUGUUUGAAUGCGAUUAGUGAGUACAACCCUAUCUAUAUGCGCAGGAACAAUCGUGAGAGAGAGUCGAGCGGUUCAUGCUGUUAUGAAGAUGAAAGGAUAUUUAUGUAGUCAUGAUGGAUCUAUCGCUCUCAGCAGAAAUUCUAUGACCAUAGGACGCCAGGACUGCGAUAUUAAUAUAGAUGACCCCCGCGUAGAAUCUUGUCAUGCUGUGGUUGAAUAUAACCAAGACAAACAAUGUUAUGUCAUAAGAGACCUAAACACGCCUAGUGGGACUUACGUCAAUGAUUGCAAAGUUCAAAACAAUGCAGUAUAUGUUACCAAUGGUGAUACCAUAAGAUUUGGACAAGGUGGUAAACCAUAUGAAUUGAAAUUUGCUGGUUUCACCAGCACUCAAAGCAGUGAAAUGGCGACAAUUGGUGGCUUAAAACGACCCAUGUCAGCACAUACAUUGUUAGAAAAUACAACUUUUACAGGUUCCUUACCUGAGAUUCACUCUAAAAGACAAAACAUUAAAUCAUUUGCGUUUCCUCGACCACCAAUGCGACCAAGAUCAGCUUGUGAAAUGGAUAGAUUACAAACAAUACCAGCGGAAUAUAAAACAACUGGCCAAAUUCCUUCACGACAAGCAUGGGGUGAAAAUCAACAUUUUGAUGCACUUCUUAAACCCAAGUUACAAAAUCUUUUGCAUAUGGUAAAUGAAAUGAAUUCACUUGAAAAAAUUGAUGAUCAAUAUAACCGAAAAGACAGCAUUUUAAGUGGUUUAAGAGAGCAAAUAACAGAAAUUUGCCAACAAAUGGAUGCGAAUAAAAUCGCAGCCAAUCAAAAUUUAGCACACGAAUUGUAUCAUAUAGAAAGAGAAUUAGAAGACAAACGACUUGAAAUAUCUUUAUUACGACAACAAUUGGAUUCUGUGAUGCAAUCAUCUCCGACCAUGACAACUCAACUGGCAGAAAAAGACAAAUUAAUACACGAACUACGACAUGAUUUAGACAAGGCAAAAAAGGAGUAUUCCAUGUCACAUGGUUUGGUCCAAUCUCUUCAAAGAGAACUCUCAGUGAAAGAAGCUGAGAUCAAAAGAAAAACAAGCGAAAUGUCCUUUCUUCAGAAAAAUCUUAGAGACAAAGAUAUCCAGUUUCAAUCUCUUUCGGCAAAAUUUGUAAGAGUUCAUGACUGUCGAACCAAAGAUGAAGCGAUAAACACAGUGAAUGAAGAUAUGAAAACACUUAGACAAAAGAUAAGAAGAUUGGAAUCUCGUUCAGGUGAUCAUACAAGCCUAAUACAAAGGUACAAAAAUGAGAUAACACAAUUGAAUGAAAUGAUAAAAAAGCAAGAAAAUGAAAAAGAGACAUCAAUCAAAAACAUGGAACAACAAAAAGGGAAAUUUUUAGAGUUACAGCGAGCAGAAAGAUUGUUACGUGUCGAUGUAGAACAAGCGAAAAGUAGGUUGAAGCGCUUCAGAGGCAAAAUAACAAAAAUAUUGUAUUCUGCUUCGGGUGUCAGAGCACCUGAUCAUCCAGAUGAUGCAGAAGACAGUCGACUUAUCGUCGAUUUGGAAACAAUAAUUGAUCAGAGAGAAAAAGAUAUGGAAGAUAUACGAGGAUUAAAUUCAGAGUUAAACUCAAUAAGAAAACAAGGAGAAGUAAAAGAAGCAUCUUUGCAGGUCCUCACUGAAACAAUGGAAGAUAUAUUGUCAACAUUAACAGAGAAUGGCCAUCAUACUGACAUAUUAAGAACCAAAAGGGAGGAGUUGUCUGGUUUGGAAUUAGAUAAAUCUUUAUUACAAAUGAGAAGAACACUAAUUGGUUACAUAAAAAGUGAAGAGCAGUGGGUUUCAGAGAUAUAUUCAGCUCUACAAAAAGCGGGUUACAAUGUAGAAGUAACGGAUAAAACCCCAGGAUAUUUCGUUUCACAACUUCAUCAAAAUCUCGUAGACAAACAAAAUCAAAUCAAAGAUAUGGAAAAUGCACUACAAGAGACUGAGGACAAACAUAAUAAGGAAAUAGAAGAUAAGGUGCAUGAAAUCCAAGCCAACAUUUCAAACGAAAUUGAUAAAGUAAGAGAGCAAGAAAAAGAAGAGAGAGAAGCCAUCAUUUCUGAAUUGACAAACCAAUUAGAAUCUGAUCAUGGUGUUAAAUUACAAGAAGCUUUUGACAAAUGUACAGAAGCUAAUCAAACCAUUGAAAGUCUUAAAGCAGAACUGGCAACGGGGCAAGCGGAGAUAGAAGGAUUAAAUGCUCAAUUACAAAAUACCAAAGACGAAUUAGAAAGAAGCGAACAAAAUGAAAAUGCAGUCAACGAAGAAUUAAAAACAGUUCUUUUGCAACAAAAAGAAAACAAGCAAACGCUUAACGAAGAAGCAUCGUCCACAAAGAAAGAAUUUGAAAACGAAAUUCAACAAUAUAAAGAAGAAAUUAAACAGCAUUCCAUAACAAUCGUCAAAAUGGAAGAACGAAUACAAGGCAUUAUGAAGCAACUGGAGCAUGCAAAGAAAGAAACAGAGAGACUCCGCGCUGAAUUACGCGAAUCUGAUCAAGCAAAACAUAGACUAGCUCCAAGUCCACCUCUGGUUGUCCCACCACUAGUUUUUGACAUAAAUGGAUAUGAGCAAACAAUGGCAGCUCUUAGGUCUGAGUUGGUCGGAGCGCAAACUCAACUCCAUGUACAACAAACUGAAAUAUUGGCAUUGCGACGAGAUCUAGCAAGUUCUCAGGCUCGUAUAUCAGACAUGAAAGGAGAACUAAGUGAACCACUGAAAGAACAACUUGAAAGUGGAAACAGGAUUAUUCGAGAAAAGGAAUUAGAAAAUGCAAAGCUACGAGAAAGCGUCAACAAACUAUCUAAGGUCGUUGACAAACAAAAAGCAGAAAUUCAUGCUUCAAAGAGAGAAUUGAAAGAGCUGAGACAGGCUGUUGUCCCAAGAGAAGAUGAACAAGAAAGACAAAGGCGAUCACCAAGCCCACCUAUUACAAUUCCUAAAAUUGCAACUGUUGAAACAGGCACCCAAGAUAGCCGCAUUGGUAAAAUCAAUGCAGAACUUACAUCCUUGGGCGCAGAAUGCAAAGGAGAUCGACACACAGAGGUUAUAAAUAGACAAAGAGAAGCUCUAGCAGAAUUGAGAGCUCGAGUCAAAGCUCUCAACAGUGUACAACCUAUCAGCCCUGGAAAUGAGGAACUUGUCCAACAGGUCAUGCUGCUGAAAAAGGAAUUGGCAGAAAUCAGAGCACGUCAGGUUAUGGAAAACGACUCUGCUUUCCGAGAUCAGUUGUCUUUUUCACACAGUGGUGAUGCAAGUGCAAGAGAUAUGGCUCCUACUCACCUCAAACCAAUUGAUGCAGAAAUAGAGAGAACAGCUCGCAUGCAGCUAGAAGAUACACUUAACAUGAGUGAACAAUCGUACAUGGACAUGUGCAAUGUAGUUGGUGGUUUACUCAACAUCAGUAACAUGUCUGGCAUGAGAUCUGCAAAUCAUCUUCCAGUUGAUGAGCGUCAAAAACUUCUGGAUGAACGUAGACAAGAUCUUGAAUCGAUCAGUCAGCACAUUAAAUCCAUCUCGAAUCGCCUGGAACGGAAAGAUAAUUUGUUACAAAAUUACGAUAAAGAUUUGGCUAAGUUAAGAGAGGCUGAAGAAAAAGCUACACAAAAAACAGCGAAGGUAAGCGUGCUACUUGAUGAAAUAACUGGGAAGAAUGAAGAAAAUGCACAUUUAAGAGAAGCUUUGAGGAGAACAGAGGAAAGACUUAACCAGGAAAAAAGAUUAAAUACAGCAAUUAAACAGAAGAAAACUUAUCAUCUCGAGAAUUUAGAUCAAAGAUAUCCACCAAUGAAACAUAAAGAUAAGGAAUGUAUAACUUCAGAAUUUGAAGAUGAAGCAUUACGAGUUCGCCGAAAGAAAGAUAAAUCAAACAUGAUGAAAAAGGAAUAUGAAAUACAGACGCUGAAACAGAAGCUGCGCUCACAAGAGCAAGAACUAUGUCAAACCUCUGCUCAAGCAGCAAAUUUGAUGCAACAGCAACAUCGGACAUAUCGAACAUCGCGGAAAGGAACCUCAUCUGAAACUUCAUCAGUUUCAAGUAAAAGUAGCCGUUCAUCCAGAUCUAGAGAGCUUGCGUGAAUCUCCAUCCGCACGAUUUUGGCGAUUACUCAAUAGCACUUCGCAUAGAAUUGAUAUCCAGAAAUGGUAUAAUUCUUAGAAACCAAUAGAUAUAAUCCAUGUCUUGCAAAAACCUAUACAACGCUUUUUUACAUCGAAGUAUUUUGUUUGUAGAAUAAUAGGCGCUCCAGAAGUAUGUGCACAAGAUGGCGCACUACCAGAUAACUCCAACCUGGAACACAUACCAUGUUCAGGUUGUGCGCCAUCUUUGUGCACAUACUUCGGGAGCACCGAAAAUAUACUAACUCUGUGUAUAUGAUUCAUUUUUAAAAUAUUCCAUUAAUCAUGUAUUGUGAGUGAUUAUUUCUCCACUGUAUUAUUUAAUCUACCGUAUAUAUCUUGGUUUAAUAGUAUUUUUAUUUUUGAGGUUUACAAUUUUCCACUUUUUGAUUGUGUCAAGAGUAGAUAAAAUUUGAAAUGUUCAUAUCAGUUUAUGAAAAAUG